CGACUGUUCAAAUUCAACUCGCUUAAUUCCUUGACUGGAAGACACAGAGAAAUCCUAUUUUAGACUGAUAAUUACGAUGUGUGUAAAGCAUUUUAAAAAAAUUUGACCAUUGUAUGUGGAUCCAUUAUUAUAAGUGCAGCUGCAUUGGAGAUCAGUGCAAAGCCAGUGCCAUCGGUUUCUGUUGACUCCGUGAGAUGUCAGACAAAACACCUGCGUCAAUGCUCAAUGUAUAAACUAAGACGAUAUGACCACAGUUGACACUUUCUUCCGUUACAAGCAAACUGCAAGUACGCGAUAAAGAAUGAGAUCCCAUAUUUUAAAAUGGAUUCCACUUCUGAUGACGCUAAACUUGAUAACACCGUGYCCUUGCUUCUCGUCUGGUGAAGAUGAUUUCAACAAUACUGGUGAGGAUAUGUCCGGCAGUGGAGAUGUAUCCCAGUCCUUUCAGUGUCCGCAACAGAAGUCAGUUGUCUUUACUGUUAUACAAAGACAUCCCUAUGCUAGAAAUGACACAGGAAUAAUGACUCUACCGGACUUGAUUGACCUUGACAUGAUGGCAUCGUCGCUGUUUGAGAAAUGCACGUGUUUCUCCAACACAAGUGUUGAAAUAAAAGUUGCGGAGAACAGAAGCCAAUUGGAGAAGAUUGUCACGGCAAAUCAAACUGACUUUGGAUUUCCAGUCUUCUCGCCAGUUGGUUCUAAAAAWGUUUUCAAAAAGCCCUUCUUUGAGUUCACAAGUCAUCCAGGCUUUGAUCUGUUCAUUGUCUAUAAACAAGACGAUCCUGUUCAAGUCUGUAUCGACACACUUCUUUCUUCCUGGCCUAUUCUGGCAUUGUCGGUUACUUUUACUGGAAUGGCUGGCAUAGUUAUUUGGAUUUGUGAAACUAUGCACAACCGAGAGGAGUUCCCAAUGUCCUUCACGAGAGGGUCAUGGGAAGGUUUCUGGUGGGCGUUUAUCUCCAUGACAACGGUUGGGUACGGAGACAAGUGCCCGCGGUCCAUCGUUGGAAGGUGCUUUUCUGUCGUUUGGAUAAUCGGUGGUUUGGUUCUUGUAUCUGUUUUCAUGGCGAACGUGACUACAGCGUUAACAUCAGCAAAUAAACCGUUGAUCAUCCAACAGAUAAAUGAAAUGGACAAGGUUGGAGUUUUAGAGAACAGCAUCGACGAAACUUUCGCUAAGGAUAAAGGAGCUCAGACAAAGGGUUUUACAAGUUUUGAAGAUAUGAUCCAAGCACUGGUGAACAAGGAUGUAGAUGGGAUUCUACUCGAUCGCUUUGUCAUGGGUUAUCACAUGACAAACCGGACUAACGAAUGGCAUUUAACGCGAAUUAAACAAUUCCCUGGUAGCACGUAUCGUAUUGGUGCUGUAUCAACCAAUCCACAUGCCCAAAAAAUACUCGAAACUUGCGGUCAACGUAUUGACCAUGACGGCUACAGUUAUUUUGAUAAAUCGGAGAUAAAUCACUCCAUGGCUAAUUAUGGAAACAAGUUUGUCAAAAAGGUAUCUUAUCAAGCAACUAUAAAUAAACUAUUCCUGAAAUCAAAGUAAUGCGCUAUAUUAAACACCUAACCAACGGUUAAGGUUCCAAAAUGCUACAUAAAGACCGAAAGCUCG